GGGCUCGGUCGCCAGCAACCGAGCGGGGCCCGGCCCGAGCGGGGCCUGGGGGUGCGACGCCGAGGGCGGGGGAGCGCGCGCCGCUGCUCCCGGACCGGGCCGCGCACGCCGCCUCAGGAAGCAUCACCGUUGCUGGAGGCACCUGACAAAUCCUAGCGAAUUUUUGGAGCAUCUCCGCCCAGGAACCUCGCCAUCCAGAAGUGUGCUUCCCGCACAGCUGCAGCCAUGGGGUCUGAGGACCACGGCGCCCAGAACCCCAGCUGUAAAAUCAUGACGUUUCGCCCAACCAUGGAAGAAUUUAAAGACUUCAACAAAUACGUGGCCUACAUAGAGUCGCAGGGAGCCCACCGGGCGGGCCUGGCCAAGAUCAUCCCCCCGAAGGAGUGGAAGCCGCGGCAGACGUAUGACGACAUCGACGACGUGGUGAUCCCGGCACCCAUCCAGCAGGUGGUGACAGGCCAGUCGGGCCUCUUCACGCAGUACAACAUCCAGAAGAAGGCUAUGACAGUGGGCGAGUACCGCCGCCUGGCCAACAGCGAGAAGUACUGUACCCCGCGGCACCAGGACUUUGACGACCUUGAACGCAAAUACUGGAAGAACCUCACCUUUGUCUCCCCGAUCUACGGGGCUGACAUCAGCGGCUCUUUGUACGAUGAUGACGUGGUCCAGUGGAACAUCGGGAGCCUCCGGACCAUCCUGGACAUGGUGGAGCGCGAGUGUGGCACCAUCAUCGAGGGCGUGAACACGCCCUACCUGUACUUCGGCAUGUGGAAGACCACCUUUGCCUGGCACACCGAGGACAUGGACCUGUACAGCAUCAACUACCUGCACUUCGGGGAGCCCAAGUCCUGGUACGCCAUCCCGCCAGAGCACGGCAAGCGCCUGGAGCGGCUGGCCAUCGGCUUCUUCCCCGGGAGCUCGCAGGGCUGCGACGCCUUCCUGCGGCAUAAGAUGACCCUCAUCUCACCCAUCAUCCUGAAGAAGUACGGGAUCCCCUUCAGCCGGAUCACACAGGAGGCUGGGGAAUUCAUGAUCACAUUUCCCUACGGCUACCACGCCGGCUUCAAUCACGGGUUCAACUGCGCAGAAUCUACCAACUUCGCCACCCUGCGGUGGAUUGACUACGGCAAAGUGGCCACUCAGUGCACGUGCCGGAAGGACAUGGUCAAGAUCUCCAUGGACGUGUUCGUGCGCAUCCUGCAGCCCGAGCGCUACGAGCUGUGGAAGCAGGGCAAGGACCUCACGGUGCUGGACCACACGCGGCCCACGGCGCUCACCAGCCCUGAGCUGAGCUCCUGGAGUGCGUCCCGGGCCUCGCUGAAGGCCAAGCUCCUCCGCAGACAAAUUAGUCUGAAAGAAAACAGACACUGGAAAAAGACUGAGGAGGAGAGGAAACCAAGUCUAGAGAGGAAGAAAGAGCAGACCAAAAGGCCGGGGCUGUCGUCUCACCGGAAACGGAGCCAGCCCAAGAAGCCGAAGCCCGAAGACCCCAAAUUCCCCGGGGAGGGUACGGCUGGGGCGGCGCUCCUGGAGGAGGCUGGGGGCAGCGUGAAGGAGGAGGCUGGGCCAGAGGCUGACCCCGAGGAGGAGGAGGAGGAGCCGCAGCCACUGCCACACGGCCGGGAGGCUGAGGGCGCAGAAGAGGAUGGGAGGGGCAGGCUACGGCCAACCAAGGCCAAGAGCGAGCGGAAGAAGAAGAGCUUCGGCCUGCUGCCCUCGCAGCUGCCACCCCCGCCUGCUCACUUCCCCUCAGAGGAGGCGCUGUGGCUGCCAUCCCCACUGGAGCCCCCGGUGCUGGGCCCGGGCCCUGCGGCCACGGAGGAGAACCCCCUGCCGGCGCCCCUCAAUGUCGUGCCCCCUGAGGUGCCCAGCGAGGAGCUAGAGGCCAAGCCUCGGCCCAUCAUCCCUAUGCUGUACGUGGUGCCACGGCCAGGCAAGGCAGCCUUCAACCAGGAGCACGUGUCCUGCCAGCAGGCCUUUGAGCACUUUGCCCAGAAGGGUCCGACCUGGAAGGAACCAGUCUCCCCCAUGGAGCUGACGGGGCCAGAGGAUGGUGCAGCCAGCAGUGGGGCCAGUCGCAUGGAGACCAAAGCCCGGGCCGGAGAGGGGCAGGCACCGUCCACGUUUUCCAAAUUGAAGAUGGAGAUCAAGAAGAGCCGGCGCCAUCCCCUGGGCCGGCCGCCCACCCGGUCCCCGCUGUCGGUAGUCAAGCAGGAGGCCUCAAGUGACGAGGAGGCAUCCCCUUUCUCCGGGGAGGAAGACGUGAGUGACCCGGAAGCCUUGAGGCCGCUGCUGUCUCUGCAGUGGAAGAACAGGGCGGCCAGCUUCCAGGCCGAGAGGAAGUUCAACGCGGCGGCUGCGCGUACGGAGCCCUACUGCGCCAUCUGCACGCUCUUCUACCCCUACUGCCAGGCCCUACAGACUGAGAAGGAGGCACACACAGCCUCCCUCGGAGAGGGCUCCUCGGCCACAUUGCCCUCCAAAAGCGGUCAGAAGACCCGACCGCUGAUCCCCGAGAUGUGCUUCACCUCUGGCGGCGAGAACACGGAGCCGCUGCCUGCCAACUCCUACAUCGGCGACGACGGGACCAGCCCCCUGAUCGCCUGCGGCAAGUGCUGCCUGCAGGUCCAUGCCAGUUGCUAUGGCAUCCGUCCCGAGCUGGUCAAUGAAGGCUGGACGUGUUCCCGGUGCGCGGCCCACGCCUGGACUGCGGAGUGCUGCCUGUGCAACCUGCGAGGAGGUGCGCUGCAGAUGACCACCGAUAGGAGGUGGAUCCACGUGAUCUGCGCCAUCGCAGUCCCCGAGGCGCGCUUCCUGAACGUGAUUGAGCGCCACCCUGUGGACAUAAGCGCCAUCCCCGAGCAGCGGUGGAAGCUGAAAUGCGUGUACUGCCGGAAGCGGAUGAAGAAGGUGUCGGGUGCCUGCAUCCAGUGCUCCUACGAGCACUGCUCCACGUCCUUCCACGUGACCUGCGCCCACGCCGCCGGCGUGCUCAUGGAGCCGGACGACUGGCCCUACGUGGUCUCCAUCACCUGCCUCAAGCACAAGUCGGGGGGUCACGCUGUCCAGCUCCUGAGGGCCGUGUCUCUAGGCCAGGUGGUCAUCACCAAGAACCGCAACGGGCUGUACUACCGCUGUCGCGUCAUCGGUGCCGCCACGCAGACCUGCUACGAAGUGAACUUCGACGAUGGCUCCUACAGUGACAACCUGUACCCCGAGAGCAUCACGAGUAGGGACUGUGUCCGGCUGGGACCCCCUUCCGAGGGGGAGCUGGUGGAGCUCCGGUGGACUGACGGCAACCUCUACAAGGCCAAGUUCAUCUCCUCCGUCACCAGCCACAUCUACCAGGUGAAAACCCCGACCCCUGUGAUGGUUCCGAGGCUGCGUUAAGAAAAGGUCCCGCAUCACCCGCCAGACCUGAAUGAUCUGAACUGAUUGAGUGUCACUGAGCAUCCAGGACCUCCCCACCCCGGCCCCGCCGUGCAGGCCAGCCCCGCCCGGUCACCGCUCUCAGACCUGUCACUGAGCAUCCAGAAACCUCCUGCCCCGGCCGUGCAGGCUGGCCUCGCCCGGUCACCGCUCUCGGACCUGUCACUGAGCAUCCAGGACCCCCCCCACCCCCCACCCCCCGCCGUGCAGGCCAGCCCCACCCGGUCACCGCUCUCGGACCUUGCAGGGUCUUCCCUGCUCCUUGAGAACGGAGUGGUUUCAGGGACAAGCCAUCCCCAUGGCCAGCCCUGUGGGAGCUACCACCAAUCUCCAGACACUGUCACUUCUGCUCAGCUCCAGCCUUCCCUGGGGAGGCUCAUGCAGCUCCUUGGACUUCCUGAUUGUGUUAGGCUUAGUCCAAGGGCAAGGUUGAUUUGCACCCCUUGGCCCAUCCCAGGCAGCAGCAAAAGAGAAUAAUCCCCGCUCAGAUCACCUGGCAGCUUUUCUCUCAGGUUAUGAGUUUCAGGCCGGGCUGGGCUCAGUGGUUCACACCUGUAAUCCCAGCACUUUGGGAGGCCGAGGCAGGAGGAUCACUUGAGGCUAAGAGUUCAAGACCAGCCUGGGCAACAAAGUGAGACCCCCCCCCCCGCCCCCUCAAUCUCUACAAAAAAUUUUAAAAGUUAACUGGGCAUGGUAGUGUGCGCGUGUAGUCUCAGCUACUCGGGAUGCUGAGGUGGGAGGAUCGCUUGAACCUAGGCGGUCGAGGAUGCAGUGAGCUGUAACUGAGCCAUUGUACUCCAGCUUGGGUGACACUGAGACCCUGUCUCCAAAAAAAAAAAAAAAAAUCUCUGCCAGGAAGCAGUCUGGUGCAUGUAGUACACGGCAGGAUGGGUGGGGUGUGUGUGACAGUGACAAGACCCUCCACCUGCCCCAGGAGCCUCAGAGUCCGGCCCAGGCAGGUCGGACUGGACUCGGAGGAGGGGAGGUUGAGCCAGGACCUCUAGAACCCCAUGGAAGUUUGCUCCAGAGAUCAGGCUGAGCAUGUGCCAGUCUUUCUCCCUCCCUCAAGAAACCUAUGAAGAUGAUAGAAAACACACGAAUAGAUAAAUAGCCAUUUAUAACGUACACAGCACAGCCAUGCUGGAAAAUGACAAGGGAGACUCAGGGUGGGUCUUGACAACAUCCCACAGAGGAGGCGCCGGACGCAGCCCCCGCCCUGGUGGCGAAGGAAGUGCCCCCAGGAUCAUUGUCAUGUCACCAGAGCCCAGGCAGGGCCAGCGUCAGGGGAGCUCACCCCAAGGAAGCCAAGCUAAUGAGACAGUUAGAAAUGAGAUGACGCCAGCCAGGCGCGGGGGCUCAUGCUGUGAUCGCCGCACUGUGGGAGGCUGAGGUGGGCAGAGCGCUUGAGCACAGGGGUUCGAGACCAGCCUGGGCAACACAGCAAAACCCUGUCUCUACAAAAAAACAAAAUUAGCUGGGCAUAGUGGCACGCACCUUUAGUCCCAGCUACUUGGGAGGCUGAGGUGGGAGGAUCGCUUGAGCCUGAGGUUGAGGCUUCAGUGAUUUAAGAUCACGCCACUGCUCUCCAACCCAGGCAACAAAGCAAAGCCCUGUCUCAAAAAAAAAAAAAGAUGUCACAUCUCCAGAGUGCUCAGGGGUUGGGGGCAGAGGCUGUGGAAUCAGGAAUGGGUGGUAUUGGAAGCCAGCAAGCCACCGUGGAGUGCAUGCCUGCUGCAGGUGAUGGCAGGACCUCGAUCCCACGAUUCUGCAAACGCCUGCUGUGUGGUGGCCAAGGAGGUGGGGCUGGAGCUGCCUGCCCCGAGGCCAAGGCCUGGUCAGCAGGGGGGUGGAGGGCUGGGGCAGGCCCAGGUGACAGCAGGGCUGAGUGGAUGAGACCCCCACAUGCCGAGGCCCCAAGAGCCUCCCCGCCUGUCCGGAACACUCGGAACACGUUUCCCUUGCACGUGACCCCUCGAGAUGCUUCUGAGAAGUGCCGGGCAAGACGUUGCCACAGGGAGCCUGGGCCAAGGCACACGCUUCUCUGAUUUCCUGUAGCUGCAAGUAUAUCCAGUUUUCUCAAAAUGUUAAAAAGCAAACGCCGCCUUCAGAGCGCGCCCUGUGGAGACUCAUAGUGAAAGCAGGUUCCAGGGAGGCCACUGGGAGGAAACCAGUCUGAGUCUCCCAUCAGCCCCCAGUUCCCAAAUGACCCGGGCAUAGAAGUUUCCCCGGGAGCCCACUUGGACCCGGCAGUGUGAGCGCCAUCCUCCUUGGCGGUGCUGCGCUCCUGAGUAUCUAGGGCGGAUCUCCCCAGUCUUCCUGACCCAGAAACCUGAGCCAGUUUCCGCUGAGUUUCUAGAACGCGCCUUCCCCUCCUGGCAAGGCUGCUUCUGUGCCUGCCUGAAUCACUGUGUGCCGCGCCUGCCAGAAGCCGAGAGGCCGAGUCGGGGCCAGGGAGCUGGGGAAAGGCAGCAGGUGGACCCUGAGACUCCUGGGGUGGGAGCUCUAAAACCUGCUGCUGCCCGUGGCAAAGCGGAGCCUCCAAAACCUGCCGCUGCUCAUGGCAAAGCAGAGCCUGGCCACGCCGGGAGUGGAAAUCGCUUUCCAGGGUGCUGGAGCUCCGACACCAGGACUCCUCCACCCAGACUCUCCUCACUGGACGGACGCUGGGAAGGGGCCUUCUCCCAGUGGCUUUCCUCUACAGAUGAGAUGGGCGGGACGGGGCAGAAGGUGGCA